AUGGGGGCUAUGAUUAGGCAUGGUCGGAUUGGAUUAUAUCCGCCGGUUGGAUACAAGCUUCGUGGCGGGCGGCCUGGUAAUGGCUACGCCUGGCGGUGCUUGGCAAGCGCUAGCCGGGUGACACGGUUGAAUGAUGACAUCAAGUACGUAGCCCAUCCAGUGUCUAACGCUAAAAGCCCCUUGCGUCUCACACUCUGCGCUGGCGUAUGCCGGCCACCCAACCGAUCAGCGCCUGAUUCCGCUCGGUCGCAGUUGCGGAUUGUAUUCAAGUCCGAAGCCAACAGCUGGUGGUGCCGUCAGCCGGGCCCACUUGUGACUCACGCGCCUUCCUUGACUUGGGUCGAGGUCACGGUGCCAUGGGGAAAAGGGGUCAGCUCGGAGAUCCCCACGGGGAUGCCGGUGAGUGAACACAGUUUAGGUAGCCUCGGUUACCCUCCGAGAAGGGACAAGCGAGUCCCGGCUGCAAUCAUUCGCUUUUGGCCACCAUGCAAAGAAAGGUGAGACGGAGAGGACGGGAGUGUCGAUGUUGGCCCGUUGUGAGAACGGUUGGCCUGAUUUGACUUGCGGCUCCCACCACUCACUCUCAACACCAUCAGUUUUGGCGUCAUGCUUCUGGCACCAUCUGCUAGUUCACUUCUUCAUUUAAAAGACAUUGAGUAUCGAUACCAGUCACUGGGUGCCCCACCAAGGAGUAUUAGUCAGGUUCGAGGCAACAAAAUCUUCCAGUAUUAGCAUCCAGUACGCCUGAAUAGUAUGGUCUCGAAAUAGAUACCAGCGUGCAAGAAUAUUGCAGGAACAGAGGCGUAAUACCUGUUCUUUGUCCUUCACCGACUUCCAUUGAAACAGAUAUCUUCCACAAAGUCGCAUCGUUUCUGUCGCGUCUUCCUUCAUAAGGAGGAGUAACUGCUAGUCACCGCCGG